AUGACUAUUGCUGCAUAUGCGUAUGAAACAAAUGAAGCAAGAAGAGCACAUGAACUAGUAAACGAAAACUCAACUUUAACCAUUGAAGGCAAUGAUUUAGUCAUUGACGAUGGAAAAACUAAAAAAGUCAUUGAUUUCGAUACUUUUAACACUUAUGACCCAUUCAUUACAAUAAGUAAAGUUCCUAUCAUAAAUGAUGGAACGGUGCAAUAUAUAAAUUCUACAGUAGAUGCCUCAUUAGUGAAAGUAUUAAAUGUUCUCAUUGAAUUGUUAAAGAGCUUUCGAUUUGACGACAACAUUAAAUGCUUAAAGAAUUUAGUCAUGAAUGAGAAACAAAUUCUUGGCGUUGCUGGUAACAGUAAUGAUGUACACCUUAUGACAUUAGAAUAUUAUAACGAACAUAAAGAUGAACUGAAAGGAGAGAAGGGUGACACCGGACCUCAAGGACCACAAGGAAUACAAGGAAUACAAGGUCCUCAAGGCGAAAACGGUUUGGAUGGUGUAGAUGGAAAGGAUGGAAAAACUGCUAAAUCAUGGAUAUGGAACCUUAUAAAUACUGGUUUAACAGCUGCUUCAUAUGGAGUUCUUCAAUACCAAAUCGGAAAGAUAUGGGCGGUACUUGGUGAAGAAGUUUUAGAUGACGUUAAAAAUGCUUUGAACUUCAUUUCAAAUGGUUCUGAUACUAUUAAAACUUUAUCUGGUUGGAUGCAAGAAACAAGGAGUCAAAUAGAUACUGUAAGACGUAUAGCAAACAAUGCAC